AUGUUUUUGGAUGGAAAGAAUAUUCUUCUAGAAGUUGAGAUAAAAAAUUCAAAUAUUUUCACCGCUGUGAGACCACACUCAACAAUUGUGUGCGCCUAUGAUUACGGUAUGUAAUUUUUUGUUUUCUCUUUUUUUGGGUGUUUUCGUUUCCCACGUUUGUCAGCUAUAUUUGUGAGCUAUUAUAAUAUUGACUAAUUUCAGAGCAAAAAUUGAAGAAGAAAUCACGUUGUCACGCUCAUUCCAUCAUGGUGCGAGAUUCCACCAAACCGAAAACCCUUCAAAACUCGGUAAGUUUGUUUAAAUUCUUCAUCCCGCCACAAAAAGUGAUUUAUUAGUAUUAUAAAUAACACCAAAGCUUUUGCGCCGACAGUUUUUCACAACACAUAAGAAACGAAAACAAAAGAAGUGCAUGUUUUCGGGUUUCGGUCACAUUUUUCUUCUUUUUUGUCUUUUUUUGCGCUACUACCUACUCAAAUCACAUCUGGUUUACUCGUAUUUUAUUUUUCCAAUUUCUUUGUCUUUUUAGCAGCAAACAAAAAGCAAUUGUCGAGGUGGUAAAUUUUGGCGAACACGUGGUGCAAAAAGUAUGCAUUCUACUAAUAAUACAAGAAGAAGUCGGAAAAUGGCAGCAACUGCAGAGCCUCGACGAUUUCUGAUAACUAAUGAGGAUUUUCCGGCAUUGCCUGGAACUCAAAUUCAAGAAGAAAAGCAGGAAGAUUUCGAAGACUAUGUUGAUUGGGAAAUAUUGCAAAACACUCCGGAAUCUUCGCAAAGACCUGAUUCUGUGAUUUCAUUGGUGAGUUUUUGAGAAAAUUUUGGUGAUGAGCUUUGAGCCAAAAAUUAACUUCAUGCUCUUUUAGCAGUUUAAAGGAAUUUCGGCUUUUGUGCAGAAUGGUCUUGAAGCGAUAAUUCCAAGUUCAAAACAAAACGGUAUUCCGCUUCAAGACCAUCUAUUCUGAAUUCCGAUGUUUCUUCAUUUUUUUAUUUCCAUGAAAUUUUGAAAUACACAGACACAUAAAAUGAUUUUUGCUCGUUGAGUUUUUUUUUGUAAAAAAAAACUUUUUGCUCCUGUUCCUUUUUUUGUUGUAAAUCAAUAGAUUCAUUAGAAAUCUAUUAUUUUGUUUCAUUAAAUAAAACAAAAAGAUUUAUUUCAUUUUCAAAGUUUAGUAUUUGAAUAUUCUAUUUAAAAGUGUCUUUUAAGGUUUAAUAUUAUUCCUAAAUAUAGGCGUAGCUCUAAAUUUCCGCAUUUUCAGUUAGUUCUUAGUUCCCCUCAGCCUUAGCCCUGAAUCUUGGCAUCAUUCCAAUAAUCAAAUUGUUGUCGAGCUUCAUUUCUUUAUUUUUGGAACAAUGCCAAAACAUUUUCUCAAGGACAAAUGUCAAUUUUUCCACUUUUUCAAAAAAUUGUUGUUUUUCCUAAAUUUUAUCUAUUUUUCGGUGAUUCAUCAAAAUUCGCUCAUAAAAAUUGGGAUUUUAUAUUUUUUAUGAGAAACAUAUUAUUCAUAGUUUUUCAGAAAAAUCUAAAAGUUUCGAUAUGAUUUAUUAAUUUAUAAAUAUAUUUUCACAAAAUUUAUUUCAGGAAGAUUUUCUGCUAACUUUCGACAGUGGAUUUUCAACAGAAUAUUCGCCAUCUCAAAAAGACGUAGAAGAAAAUUCUGAAAUGUCAACAACUCCAAAAAAAUCUCACAGCUCAAAUCCCAACUCAUUUUUGAGACGUGGCGCUCAAAAAUCUUUUUCUGAAAAUCAGAGAGAAGUUCCAAAAAUCCAAUUGGAAGAUGAUGGAAAAAUGUCGAAUAUUUCAUCGAGAAUGUUGGAUGAUCAAUUUGGAAUUGCAGCAAUGUUGCCGAUUUUGAAAGUGUUUGGAAAUGAUGAAGCGCCGCCUAAAAUUACGGAUGAAAGAGCCAAGAAGCGAGCUUAUCAGAUGGAGAAGUCGGUGGGUUUGAGACGGCUGAAAAUUGAAUAUUGUUUGGCUGAAAACUAUUGAUUUUUUUUUACAGAUUCAAAAAUUGAGUUGUGGCGUUGAUUUGUGCUCUCUUGGAGUUCCAAUUGAAGAUAUUGAGGCGUUAGUUUUUAGUUUGAAAUUUAAAAAUUAAAUUUUCGGCGCUAAUUAUUCAAAACUUCAAUUUUUCAGUCAAUCAUAUCCAUCAUUUUCUGGUCCAUUUGGUUUUCUUCCACUUCGAGCCACCGAAAAAUCAAUUCCAGAAUUGGAACCACCAGAAGUCUACAAAAUGUCGCAAGUUCCGCAUAUUCGCACAUCUUUGAACAAAAAUCUUCCUGAAAUGUUAGAUUUACAUGCUAUCUUUUUUCUUUUUUACAACUUUCCUGGAGAACUUUGGCAAGUUAAUGCGGCAAGAGAAUUGUGAGUUUUUUCUUGAAAUUUGAAUUUUUGAAAAUCUGAAAUUUCAGACAGGCUCGCGGUUGGAGAUAUCAUAUCCCGCAAAAAAUUUGGAUCCGGCGAAAAUUUGAGGAAAAUAGAUGUGAGUUUCUGGGGAGGAAAUUCGAAAAAAUAUUGAUUUGGGAUUUUUUAAAACUUGAAUUUUCAAAUUUUAGCCCGAAUAUCUAGAAAUUUUUUCAGAUCAAGAACCAAUCUUCGGAUUUCAACCGGAGCCCGAAAUUCGAGGAUUUUUCGAGUAUUUUGACAGCGAAACGGAUGAGAUUGUGAGUUUUUUGCCAAGAUUUUUAGGUUUCAAAUUUUUGUGAAAGUUUUUUUUCUCGAACGAUAACUUCUCGGCUUUCAAUAAAAAAUUCAAUUUUCGAGAAAAAAAAACAAUGAAUUUUCCAAUUGAAACCGUACAGAUUUCUGUUCCAGAUCAUUUGAUUUUUCAUGAAAAUUUGAAAACUUUGAGAAAACUUGUUCAAAAUUUUCCAAAGAAAAAUUACUUUUUGAGCUUAUGACCUUAUAAAUUUAUAUUCAAAAUAAUCCAAAAAAUGUACAUUUUUCAGGUUUCCCGUGAAAUGGACCUAAAAUCAGCGGAUAUCGAAAAAGCGAGUUGGGAUGAUGGUAAAGAAGAUGUACAAUACAAAGAAAUGUUGAAAAUAUUGCCGCCUGAAAUGAUUUGGGGACCGCAAGUCGGAAAACAAACAAUGUUCUCGAAAUUGAGAAAAGACUUCAAUGAAAUACCUCAGGUUUUUAUGAGCAAAGAUUUCAAGGAUUCGAUGAAUCAAUUUUUAACUAUGGGAUGUUUUGACAGAGCAAUCAAUUCGAGAAGUCCAGAAUAUCGCGCCGAGGUGAGAAAAUCACAGCUUUUUUUGCCUAAAUUCCAGAUUUUUAGUGUUUUGUGAUAAUUUUGAAUUUAAAUUUGAAUCUGGAAAAUCAUUACUCCAAAAUUUGCUAUAAAAAUUGUUCUAAAUUUUCUGUAAAUCGCUGUUUUCGGAUUUUUGAGCACACUUCUUCAAAGUCUAAUCGAAACUGUCAAUUUUUCCAGAUCUACGCAACUAUUAUGAGCAAUUUUCCGAAUUCAGUUUUUCCACCAAAUCCAAACGCACCCGGUUUGGAUCGUUCUCUUCAUGAGUCACAAAAAUAAUUUUUUUCAGUUUUUCACUUUUUAUUACCCUUCCUUUUUUUUCAAAUUUAA